AUGGCCUCAAACUCGACAGACCCCCAGAAUGCUCAAGUACGGGUGCGGUUGACCACCAGAGAUGCCGACCUUGCCCUCGAAGACAACGCGCCCAUCCUCAUCCCCACGUCUUUUCGGCGGUAUGCUUUGUCGACGCUCGUGAACAGUCUCUUGAAAACCGAAAAGUCCAUCCCGUUAGAGUUUAUCAUCAAUGGAAAGUACCUUCGCACUACACUCGACGAAUACCUCAGCGAAAACGGCCUUUCCACCGAGACUACGCUUACGGUUGAGUACGUGCGGGCGCGGAUCCCUCCUCAAUACGUCACGUCCUUCCAGCACGACGACUGGGUCAGCGACGUCGAUGUCCUGUCGGGACAGUCGCCCAGGAUUCUUUCUGCUAGCUACGAUGGACUGAUAAGAGUAUGGAACACCUCGUCUCAGGUUCUUGCUACAUCGCCAGGCGCGGCCAACGGAGGGCAUGGCUCGUUCAUUAGAUCCGCGAAAUUUUUAUCGCCCACUCAGGUUGUUUCAGGCUCGUUCGACCGGACAGUGAAAGUUUGGGGAUAUAAGGAGGAGGAGGAUGGCUUCACAGCCAACCUGAAGCCCCAACUGGAACUUUAUGGCCACAAAUCCUCGGUGGACUCUGUCUGCGCUCAUGCUGGAUCAGGCCGUAUACUGUCGGGAUCCGCUGACCACUCUGUUGGGUUUUGGUCCAGCCGCAAAGCCGAUGCACCUGCCGCACCGGAAGCGCUUGUGCCUCGCGCCCGUACGAAAGAUGGCAAAAGGAGGAAAUUAAAUGAGUCGUCUGUGCCGCAGCGGGGGCCGCUUGCGCUGAUGCAGGAACACACCGGACCUGUCUCGGGAGCGAUCUUCGACUCGAACGACUCUACUGUCGCGUACUCCAGUUCUUGGGACCAGACUGUGCGGACGUGGGAUCUCGUGACGGCAUCACUAGUGGAUACGAGAACGACAUCAAGUGCAUUAUUCUGCAUUGAACACAUGCCUUCCCUGAACUUGAUUGCGGCCGGCUCGGUCAGCAGAGUCAUCAGACUGAUAGACCCGAGGGCCUCGGCCGCCACUGUGGCUGCCAUGACGCUGAAAGGACACAAGAACUCCGUGGUCAGCCUUGCACGAGAUCCCAGCAACGACUACACCCUCGUCAGUGGGAGUCACGAUGGCACCUGCAGAGUGUGGGAUGUACGAAGUACGCAGCAAGAGAAAGAGGGCGCAGUCGGCCAAAGCCUGUACAUCUUGCCGAGGGCAAGCCUUGAAGGCAAACCCAGUCCGUCGGUUGGUGACGGCGUUAAAGUAUUCGGAGUGUGUUGGGAUAAAGAUGUGGGCAUUCUCAGCGCAGGCGAGGAUAAAGUGGUGCAAGUCAAUCGUGGCAACGACCAGACUUGA